UCAAACAGUUGGGUUGUGGGUUUUGAACAAAGGCUGUGUUGUUUGUAGCUGUAGCUCUCUGUGCUUUGAGUUGGGGGUAGGACUCUGUGAAGCCUCCAAAAGCAAAAGCUUCUCUCAAUUUUCAUGGCGGCUGAAGAGGUUAAUAAACCUAAAUCACUCCCUCCUUACCCAGAGAUUAUUUUGAAAGCAAUUGAAGAAUUAAACGAGAAGAAUGGCUCGAAUAAAUCAUCGAUAUCGAAGCACAUUGAGUCGACAUAUGGGGACUUGCCUGCUGGGCACUCAACACUCCUGACACACCACCUCAACAAAUUGAAAGACAGUGGAGAUCUGGUAUUUUUGAAAAACAACUACAUGAAGCCAGACCCAAAUGCGCCUCCUAAGCGGGGCCGUGGCAGGCCGCCAAAGCCAAAGGUUCCGCUGCCACUGGGCAUCGAUUUGGGUCCGGCAAGGCCUAGGGGUCGCCCACCUAAGGACCCAAAUGCACCUCCAAAGCCACCCAAGGUGAAGGUCUCAACAGGUAGCGGGAAGCCGAGAGGGCGGCCAAGAAAGAUGGCAAGGCCUAGUGGAGGAUUGGGAGGGUCGACAGCAACAACGCCAGCUUCGACGGCUACUGGGAAGCCAAGGGGUCGGCCUCCAAAGGUGAAGGCUCCAAUGACUGAAGUGAGUGUUCAACAAUAAGACUCUUUAAUGGUGUUAGUGGUGUUGUACGCCCUUAUGUCCUCCUCCCUUGUAGAAUUGGGUUGGUGUGUGUUCUAGUCUAUGCGCUUUGUGUAAUUGCAUGUACAAUGUGAUGUAGCUGCUGUUGAGGCUUUGUUGGUUUCUAAUCUUAAUUGAAGAUAUGGCUGGUUCUAAUGA